AUUUGGACUCAGCAGGAUCGGCAAUGCAUCCUUGAUACUUUAGCGCAGUUAUUACUGGAUAAAGAAUGUACUGUAUUGAUUGGCCGACAAGUUCGGCCCAUCUUGUUGGAUUUGUUGGAAAGAAAUGCAGAAGCCAUUAAAGCUGGUGGCCAAAUCAACCAUGAUCGUCAUGAAAGGCUGUGUGUAGCAAUGAGCAAGCUGGUUGCUGACCACCCUGAUGUUUUGCCAUUUGCUUUAAGAUAUUUUAAGAACGCAUCACCAGUUUUCCAGAGGCUUUUCCUGGAGAGUUCAGAUGCAAACACAGUCCGAUAUGGGCGCAGGCGAAUGAAGUUACGGGACCUCAUGGAGGCAGCCUAUAGAUUUUUACAAAAGGAGCAAUCAGUUUUCCGGGAAUUAUGGGACUGGAGUGUGUGUAUUCCACUCCUAAGGAGUCAUGACACCUUAGUCCGUUGGUAA